UAACUGAGAAGUUUAUCACCAAGGCAAUUGCAAGAGCAAUCGCUGCACUCAAAAGUAAAGAAAAAGGGCUUGAACUAUCAAGCUCUAGCUCUAGUAGUGCUAGCACUACUAGUAGCAAAGAUGAUAGAGGAUCAAAAUUAAUUCCAGCAUUAAUUAAAUAUUUGCUUGGGUAUAAGCAACAUUCUGAUGCGAUUGAGAGGAUUUUAAAGCAGCAACAUAAGAUGCAGAAGUAUACUGUGCAAAUAAACACUAACUCUGAAUUACAGCUACAUAAUUGCAUCAGAAUGGGGCAAAAUAGUAAGAUUAAUGAG